AUGAAAGAUCCUUUUCCUGUUCCUCAUGAGUGGCACCAGCCAGCGCAAUUCAUCAUUGGUGGAAUUUCUUCUCAAAUCAUUCACGUAUUCUCUGAAAUUUUCUUCAGAGAACACCCUUCAAAGAAUCUGUUCGAUGUUUCAUACGUGGUGACAAAAUUCUACCAGCACAUACUUGCCUUGACAUUUGCUGUGAAAGAGAUCAAUGAGAACCCCAAGAUCUUGCCCAAUAUCACUCUUGGGUUCCACAUCUAUGAUAGCUAUCAUGAUGCAAGGAUGACCUACCGUGCCACAUUAGACCUGCUCUUCAAAUCACAGAGAUUUGUCCCUAACUAUAAAUGUGACACUCAGAAAAACCUCAUGGCCAUCAUUGGGGGACUUAGCUCUGAUACAUCCUUCCAUAUGAGAGACAACAUAGGCCUCUUCAAGAUUCCACAGCUCACUUAUGGCUCAUUUCCCACUGAGGAGGAGAAUGAUGACAGUUAUAUCUCUUCCUUCUACCAUAUGGUUCCAAAUGAAGCCCAUCAAUACAUGGGAAUUAUCAGCUUGCUUAAGCAUUUUGGAUGGAUAUGGGUUGGACUCUUUGUUGUGGAUGAUGAAAGUGGAGAAAAUUUCUUGCAGACUAUGGAACCAUUGUUAUCCAAAAAUGGAAUCUGUUCGGCCUUCACACAAAUGCUCCCAAAACUAGCUCGUUUUGAUAACCUUGAUGACGUUUAUGGUGUAUUAUUCAGUGGUUACAAGGAUGUCAAAGAUGACAAAGCCCAAACGUUUAUCAUCUAUGGAGAAUCUAUGGCACUCAUAUGGCUGACAGCUAUUUUCCUUGUGCAAGAUAAUAAAAAUAAUGAUAUUUCAUCAGUUACAAAAGUUUGGAUCAUGACAAGUCAGAUUGAUUUCAUGCUGUUAGGGCUUCAAAGGAGUUGGCCUCUUGUUCUCUUCCAAGGUGCCCUUUGCUUCACAAUUCACUCAAAAGAGCUUCUAGGGUUCCAUGAGUUUCUUCAGAGCAUAAAGCCUGAUGGGAUAAAAGGAAAUGGUUUUCUGAAGGACUUCUGGGAGCAAGCAUUUGACUGUGAUUUUCCAGACCCCAGUGUGGACUCAAGUGAACAAUGUACUGGAGAGGAGAGACUGGAGAGCCUUCCUGAUCCCCUCUUUGAAAUGGGCAUGACUGGCCACAGCUAUAGCAUCUACAAUGCUGUACAUGUGGUGGCUCAUGCUUUACAUGGCAUUUAUUUAACAAGAUCCAAGCACAGAGCAAUGGUGGGUCAUAAAAUAAUUGACCUUCAAGAUCUGCGACCUUGGCAGAUAAUACGAACAAACACAGACACUGGAGAAUCGCUGUCCUUUACAGCUAAAAAGGAAAUAGGAGGUGGAUUUGACAUCAUGAACAUGGUCAUAUUCCCAAACAAGUCCUUCCUUCGUGUGAAAGUUGGAGAGGUGGAUGAUAGUGCUUGUGAAGGAAAGAAAUUCAUCAUUCAUGAAGACAUGAUAGUGUGGCACCCAGGUUUUAACCAGGUGAUGCCUAUUUCUGUGUGCAAUGAGCACUGCCCCCCUGGUCAUCAGAAGAAAAGAAAGGAAGGUGGGAAAUUUUGCUGCUAUGAUUGUGCUCCAUGUCCAGAAGGCAAGAUUUCAGACCAGAAUGACAUGGAUGACUGUUCGAGAUGCCCAGAAGAUCAAUAUCCAAACAAAAUGAGAAGCCAGUGCAAUUUCAAAGCAUUCAGCUUUCUUUCCUAUGAAGAACCUUUUGGGAUCAGCUUAGCUUCGAUUGCUCUUUCUUUUUCCCUUCUCACAACUCUGGUGUUAGGCACUUUUGCGAAGCACAAAGAUACCCCCAUAGUCAAAGCGAACAACCGAGCCCUCACCUACACUCUCCUGGUCUCCCUAUUGCUCUGCUUCCUCUCUUCUUUGUUAUUUAUUGGCAAACCUGGGAAAGUGACCUGUCUUCUCAGGCAACCUGCUUUCGGCAUGAUCUUCUCUAUGGCUGUUUCUUGCAUGUUGGCCAAAACGAUCACUGUAGUUGUAGCUUUCAUGGCCACCAAGCCAGGCUCUAGCAUGAGGAAGUGGGUAGGGAAAAGACUGGCCUAUUCUGUUGUAGUUUCCUGUUCUUUUAUUCAAUCUAUUGUUUGUACUUUGUGGUUGAUGACAUCUCCCCCAUUUCCUGAUGUAGAUAUGCACUCUGUAACCACAGAAAUCAUUGUGCAAUGUAAUGAAGGGUCCGUGACCCUGUUUUACUGUGUCCUAGGCUACAUGGGCCUCCUGGCCAUUGCCAGUUUCAUUGUGGCAUUUCUGGCCCGCAGAUUACCUGAUAGUUUUAAUGAAGCCAAAUUCAUUACCUUUAGCAUGUUGCUCUUUUGCAGUGUUUGGAUUUCUUUUGUCCCAACCUACCUGAGCACCAAAGGGAAAUACAUGGUAGUGGUGGAGAUUAUUUCCAUCUUGGCCUCCAGUGCUGGGUUAUUGGGCUGCAUCUUUGCUCCUAAAUGCUACAUCAUUGUCUUGAGGCCCAAGCUGAACAACAGAGAGCAACUAAUAAGGAGAACACAUUAA